AUGGAUCUGCCAACAUUGACUACACCUGCUACGCCUCCUUAUGAAUACAGCCUUCCUGAUCAUCAUCACCAUCAAGACGAAGUAUCUCGUUUAAAUUCAACCUCUGCAUCACCUAAAAUCGACCAACCGUCAUCGAAUUCCUACUUUGAAACCACUUCCACCAUGCAUCCACCUGUUUCCGCAGUCGAUAAGAGUGUGGUGUUCCAACUCAAUGUCAACGUCCACCCUUCUUACAACGUGACGUCCGAAACAUACCCUGAUACCACUUCGGAAGUGAUUUGUGGUGAGUCGUUGCUAUCGGCUUUGCGCAAACGAGUGGCUGCGGCGCGACAACAAUCAAACGAAGAAAUGGCUGAGAAGCCUCGAAAGAAAUCGACGACCGGUCGGCGCAGUACAACGGGCGGUCAUGCCUCUUCUGGACGUCCGUCUCGUGUGAAAGGGCCAUGCCAAGCAUGCCAGGAAACCUCGGAUGGAUGCAUGCGCAAAGCAUUCAACUGGCCAUUCCCCACAAGUACCAUUUUCAAUGACAAAGGCAAACCAUUUGUCUAUCUCUGCAACAAGUGCGGUCUUCGAUACAACAAAAGUGGCGGUAGCGUGUGCCGACACUGCCGAUGGGUGUUUUGCAAAGAAGAGAAGCGCAAAGCGAUGCAGCAUAUCGAGCAAAUGCGACGUUCCCGUCCUGAUGGAAAAGUGGAUCCCAAUGAAGACAUUGAAAACUUUGUUUGCACACCCAAAUACUGGACGUGUGGUCGACCAUGGAAAGUGGGCUGGGUCCUCAACCACCAUGGCGAAGACGACGAAGAUGACGAAGACAUGGAUAUGCAUUCCCUUUCCAGUGAUACUAUGGCGGUCGAUACGGCUUAA